GCGCGGCUGCGCACUGCUGCUGCCGCUGUCGUCGCGGCGCAAGGAGGGACGCGAUGGCCGUGCCCGCGUGGAUCUCCAAGGUCUCUCGGCUGCUGGGGGCGUUCCACUACCCAAAACAGGUGACCAGAGGCUUUGCUGGUGGUGUUCAGACAGUAACCUUAAUUCCAGGGGACGGUAUCGGGCCCGAGAUCUCAGCUGCGGUGAUGAAGAUCUUUGAUGCAGCCAAAGCGCCCAUUCAGUGGGAGGAGCGCAACGUCACCGCCAUCCAAGGACCCGGAGGAAAGUGGAUGAUCCCUCCUGAGGCCAAAGAGUCCAUGGACAAGAACAAGAUGGGCUUGAAAGGCCCUUUAAAGACCCCAAUAGCAGCUGGCCACCCGUCUAUGAAUUUAUUGCUGCGGAAGACAUUUGACCUUUAUGCAAACGUGCGGCCGUGUGUCUCCAUCGAGGGCUACAAAACCCCUUACACUGAUGUAAACAUCGUCACCAUCCGCGAGAACACAGAAGGGGAAUACAGUGGCAUCGAGCAUGUGAUCGUGGACGGCGUUGUGCAGAGCAUCAAGCUCAUCACCGAGGAGGCCAGCCGGCGCAUCGCCGAGUUCGCCUUUGAGUACGCGCGCAACAACCACCGCAGCAACGUCACGGCCGUGCACAAGGCCAACAUCAUGCGGAUGUCAGAUGGGCUUUUUCUACAAAAAUGCAGGGAAGUUGCUGAGAACUGUAAAGAUAUUAAAUUUAAUGAGAUGUAUCUUGAUACAGUAUGUCUGAACAUGGUCCAGGAUCCGUCCCAAUUUGACGUUCUCGUUAUGCCGAAUCUGUAUGGCGAUAUCCUCAGUGACCUGUGUGCGGGAUUGAUCGGCGGUCUCGGCGUGACACCAAGUGGCAACAUUGGAGCCAACGGGGUCGCCAUCUUUGAGUCGGUUCACGGCACAGCCCCGGACAUCGCAGGCAAGGACAUGGCCAACCCCACGGCCCUCCUGCUCAGCGCUGUGAUGAUGCUGCGCCACAUGGGGCUCUCCGCCCACGCCGCGCGCGUCGAGGCCGCGUGCUUUGCCACGAUUAAGGACGGAAAGAGCUUAACGAAAGAUCUCGGAGGCAAUGCCAAGUGCUCGGACUUCACGGAGGAGAUCUGUCGUCGAGUCCGAGAUUUGGAUUGAGGCUCCUCCGCGUGGAGUCCGUGUCCGCCAAGCACACCCGUGUCGCGCCCAUAUGCGGUUUGCUUCUUUCCUGACAGUACAGUUUUAGACACGGCCUUUCCUUAACCAGACCUGUGCGGAGGGUGCAGGGACGCGAGGGGCCUGCUCUCCGAGGACUCGUCCUGAGGGCCUGUUUUAUUUACGACGUGUCUGCCCAGUGUGCUUCUGUAGGCUCUCAGUGGACUGUAUCUUGGCCAUGUUAAUCACUUUACACUUCGGUUAAAACGUUUUUUCCUCAGCUGUAAAUAUGAAACAGAGUUAAUAAGAAAAAACAUAUAUCUUUUUAAAGAAAAACCCUGUUUUCCUUGGUUUAUGAAAAAUGUAAUAGGAAUGAGACAAUAUUGACACGAUAGCACACGAUGACGUUCUUACGAAGCUGAACGGGCUCAGGGGCGGGUUCCCGGGAAGUUCAGGCCGCCGCCAGGUGGUGCGCAUGUUUCUUAGUGAUGUGGGAGGUAGACAGGUAUGUCCUCGCGUGAAUUCCUGAGUAUGAAUAAAGAGCUCAAAUCCAAGAAAUAUGUAACGAGAGAUGUAAUUUUUGUGACUAAGACAUAGGUAGUGUGUUGGACACAGACCUGCAUCUGCGUGUUCAAUUAUUCUGUUUCUCUCGAGAUGCACUCUUCCUGGCAGGAGCUUUCACGGAUUGGAGGGGACUUCCUUUCACUGCACACGUGCGAGGCGGCCCCUGGCCUCUGCGUCGGCGCUGGGUGGCCGCGGGGGCCUGCGGCGUGCACCUCGCUCGGCCCAGAGCGCCCGAAGCCUGACCACGAAUGUUUCGGCUACGGUUAACUGGGGGUGCUGGCCUUUACUUUCCUGUCUCAGUGGCUGUCCCCCCUUCCCCGAAACACCAAAUCACUGCCACCCCCCAGCGCCAGUGAGAGAGGAGCCCGUGGCGGGGGCUGGGCUCAGCUGUGACCCCGUCCCCCACCCUCCCCCGAGCACGUUGUCCGCAGCAGACUCGGUCACGGUUUUCAUGAACAGCUGCCCCUCGGGUGGUUCUGCAGGCCUGGGGACUCUGCAUACAGCACCCAGAUCACAGGGGGUUCUUAGCAAAUACCCUGUCCAGGUGCUUUAUCAGCCUUGGAGCCAGACCCGAGUCCUGCGUGUAUUUUACUUUGUUCAAGCUGCAGCUUCCUCUCUUCUGUUGCAUUGUGCUAAUUCCCCGGGACCCUCGGGUUCUCCCUAAUAAAGAAUUUCAGAACUGA